AUGAACAUAUGUAUAAACUUGAGUAGGAACAGCAAAUCAUUCAAUCGCUCUUUCUCUUCUUCUUCUUCUUCUUCUUCUUCUUCUUCUUCUUCUUCUUCUUCUUCUUCUUCUUCUUCUCUCUUUCUCUCACCCUCUCACACACAAAAUACACAGGCACACGCAAUGCACGCAUACAUACUGACAGACAUUUCAACCUUUGGCAAACAUUAUCACUUUUAUUAUGCACUUCUUUCUGUACAUCCUUUUCUUUUUUUCCAAACAUAUAACCACCUUAAUUUCCUUCUUUCUGUCUUAAUUUUUUUUAUCCUUUCGCUUCACCAGUGUAUUCAUAUUUCUUUGUCUUGUGCAUUUUUUCUUUGCUUCAAGCGAUAUAUUCAUCUUUCUAUCUUUUCACUAUAUAUUCAUUUUUUUUUCUUUUUACUAUUAUAUUCAUCUACCUUCUUUCUUUCUUUCUUUCUUUCUUUCUUUCGUUCGUUCGUUCUUUCUUUUCUCUUCAUUUCUUUUUCAUUCUUUCUUCUUUCUCUCUUUCUUAAUACAAAUAUAUUAACGUUUUUAAUUUAUUUUUCUCUCCUUUCUCUCCUUCUAUUUUCUUUUUCUGUAUUUACUAUAUUAAUUUCUCGUUCUUUCUUUCUUUCUUUCUUUCUUUCUUUCUUUCUUUCUUUCUUUCUUUCUUUCUUUUCACCACACCAUAUUAUUCAUUUUUUCUUUCUUUCGUUUUUCUUUUCACCAUUUUUCUUCCUUUCCUUCUUUCUUUCUCCGAAUGUAUUCAUUUUUGAUUAUUUACUUGGAAGGUUGUAUGCAGUUUUCUGUAUUUCAACUGGGAUAUUCAUUUCACUUCCUUUCUUUUUUUCUUUCUUUUCACCAUAUAUUCAUAAUUCUUUCUUUCUUUGUUCUUCCUUUCUUUCUUUAUUCAUCCUUUCUUUCUUUCAUCAAAUGUAUUCUUUUCACAUACUUUCUCCCUUUUUAACAAUAUAUUCAUCUUUCUUUCUUUGA